AUCAGCGAAUGUUCCCCUCUAGAGAAACUAUAAAUAACAGACAAACCCCGCUUAAACUCGAUAAGAUUUUAUUUGACAUCUGUCAUGGAAGGAGUCUACGUGGCGGGCGCCCGUGCGCGCCUGGCCACGUUGCUUACGUAGGAUCUUCUCUAUGCAUGAGAUCUCGCACCUCGAGGUUCUCAGCGGAGUCUGAGGCGAACGUCGACAUUGUUUGCCCUGGGAGACAUUUGUGGCAGAAAUGCGAGGAAAUCACUGUCGAAGACCUGCUUGCUCAGCAUCGACUGUGUUGGUCCUAUUUGAAGGAACAUUCGAAUGUUGUUCUUCUUUGAGUACGCAGUGAGAGACAUCGGUGUCCAGAGCAUCGGAAAUCUUACCAAACCUUGUGAAUUUUCGAUAUUAUGAGGUAAUGUGUCCACCUAUAUGUUUGUCAUAUAUUUGACGAGUACAAGGAGCCAUUUUUGCGAACUUGAUCUUGCGGAAAGAGACAAUCUUCAUCACUUGUGACCAGGAGAUUCAGUGGUAUUGUUGUUGGAGAACCACCGAGGAGGAGACUGAUGGGCGGGGUUCUGAAGCCGAUGUGUACCAGUGCUUCUAGUGAACUCAAGUUUGAUCCGGCGGCUUGCGACUUGCAGUUGGAUGGCACCGGAUUUGAAGAUUUGCCCGAGUCCUGUAUAGCACUUGUCCUCAGCUUCCUUUCUCCCAAAGACAUAGCCAUGUCGGCUUGCACUAAUCGUGCGUUGCGAGAUGCAUCUCUUUCAGAUUUUGUCUGGCAACCCAAGUUGCCGAAAGGUUAUACUGAAGUUCUUGCAAAGGCAAAGGACGGCGCACGCGCCUUCGAUUCUAAGAAACAAAUCUUCGAUUAUCUCUGCAGCAAGGUCCCGCUUCACGGUCACGAGUUCUAUUGGCUAUCGAGGUCGCUUGCAGGAGUUUGUCGAAGUCAAGGCGCUGAAGCCCUAGAUGUCGUAUGGGGUUCUGAUAAGCGAUACUGGCAUUGGCGUAAGCGACGUGGUUCCAGUUACGAUAAAUCGGCGUAUCUCCAACAAGUCUGCUGGUUGAGUGUUAAGGGUAGCAUGGAGUGUUUCCUACCAGUCGGCACGUACACUUUCUCGUGGAGGCUUGCUUUUCAAGAUGAUUAUGGAUUUACACGACGCGGGGGGGACUGGCCGAUUGAGUUUACGAUGUCAGUCAAUGAUCAUGAAACUGUGCAGAGAAAGAUUUUUUUGCGAGAUGGCCAAUCCUCAUCCGAAGGUGAGCAUUCAUCCGAUGACGAAGAUCACACUGACUGGAAUGAGCUUUAUGUUGGAGAUUUUACCGUAGAUGAGGGAGAAAAGGACUCCGGAAUCGGGCGAGUUAAACUGCAAUACAGUCUUGUCGAGAUUAAAGGCGGUCAUUGGAAAAGCGGUUUGUGGUUAGAUGGUGUUGUGAUCAUGCCAAAGCAGCAAGGAAUGGAUUGGUUGCGUCAUGCCAUAGCUACGGGCAACGGAAUUGAGCAAGGAAUGGAUGGAUGGCGUCGUGAUUAUAUCGAAGCAGAGUAAUAUGAAAUAGGACAAUGGAUGGAUGAAUAAUUUUGUAGUCGUCACGCUCAAGCAACCAGGAAUAGAAUAGAUAACUCAUGAAGUUCCUUGAGUUGAUCUUAAAGCAACCGGCAUUACUUCCACAACAUUGCACAUUAAAGCGAGUGCAUUUUUGCGAGCCAUGUGUAUAUAUUGUAAACAGAAUGUACAUAUUACAUGUAGGUAGAUUCAUGUCGGGAAGACCUUGAAAUGUUUAUAUCAUAUUGAAAAUUGAGAUAUAAUGGUUCUUUUAACCAUAUUCUCAAAAAAUAUUUCUAAUGAAAUAGAGAUAGAAAAGUAGCUAAGCUAACAUUCAUGUAUUUCGAAUUGUGUU